AUGGCUACUGAAGGUAACAGGUUACCCCUUCAUGCUUUCAGCCACAAUCAGCUGGCUAUGUUUUCGAAUAACUUCGCUAAUGAAAACAUAAUCGGUCAAGGUGGCUCCGCAACUGUAUAUCGAGGGCGCAUGCCCGAAUGGUCACAGAUUUUAGGACUUCCAAUUGCAAUCAAACACAUCAGGCCAUACAGGGCACGACAAAACGACACAGCAACCAAAAUUGCCAGGGGAAAUGAAAUCACAAGACAACUCUACCAAGCUGAGAUUGAUAGCCUUAGCCUCCCACAGUUGCAAUCUCCCCACAUAUUGCGCCUCCUAGGACACGGAGUAUCUGAGAACACCACAGAAGGCCACUACCUCGUUUAUGAGAUGCUUGAUGGACAAACUUUGAAUCAGAAGCUUGAAAACGAUGUUGAUACCAUGACAUGGGAGAAUGUUCUCACGAUAAUUAAAGGAGUGGCAAAGGGAAUUUCUGUGAUACACAGAUCUAAUUUCAUACACGGGGAUUUGAAGCCACACAACAUCAUAGUCAGAGAGGACUGUCAUCCCGUCAUAAUUGACUUCGGGUCAAUAACGGUCCAAGGAACCAAGAGACAGUAUGGGUGGACAGGAGGCUACGUACCAUUGGAAGCACACAACAUGAUGUAUGAACCAGUGCCUUCUUCGAAGGUGUAUGACAUAUACUCUUUUGGGUUAGUGAUGAUGCAUGCCAUCAUGCUAAGUAGAAGUUUGUCGAUAAGUGACGGGCAUGGCAGCUUAUUGCAUAUCAAAGAGAUAGCAAGACAGAGGGCACAUACAGGCAACAUCGUUGAUAUCAAAUUGAUGGAAAGGGGUUGCACUCUAAGGGAGGCAACGAAGAUAACCAAGCUGGCUUUGAAGUGCACCGAAGAUGACGAAGAAGAAAGACCGACAAUUGCAAAAAUUAUUUCAAAACUCGAUGGACUGAAUUUAACUAAAGCCGAGAAAUGGAAGAAACGCGGUAAAAGGAUCUUACAUCUGUGA